UGGUCUAGGCCGGGCAUGCGCAGUUCCCCCGGCUUGGCAGUUGCUCAGAUCGCACCAGCUCCGCGCCCGCGCUGGGUGUGUGAGGCGGCGGGAGGAAGGCCGAGGGCGAACAUGGCGGACGGGAGCGGCGCCGGGGCGGCCUCGUCGUCGCUGAAGGGGCUUCGCGAGCAGAUGGUUGCUGCAGCUCAGGCAUUAGCAGAAGAAAGAAGAACCCAAAGUGGCAGUAGUCCUGUCCCAAUUCAGUCUCCAGUUAGCACAAAAUCAUCAACUAAGCCAGUGAUAGAUGGCUCCAUGUUGAAAUCAGAAGAGAGGCAAAGACUAGCCAGAGAACGCAGAGAAGAGCGAGAGAAACAAUACGCUGCCAAAGAAACCCAAAUACUGGAGAAGGAGAAAAAGGCAAGGCUCCAAUAUGAAAAGCAAAUGGAGGAAAAGCAGAAAAGGCUGAAGGAGCAGAAGUUGAAAGAGCAACAAAGAAGAGCAGCGGUAGAGGAGAAGAGGAAGCAAAAGAUCGAGGAGGAGAAGGAGCGUUACGAGGCCGUGGUGCACCGUACCUUGGAGCGAAGCCAGCGCCUGGAGACCAGGCAGAAGAGGUGGUCCUGGGGCGGUUCUGUAACAGAUUCGGAUGGGAGGACGGAUCUUCCAACUACAGCUGAAGCCAACAAGCACUCUACUUCCGCAGCAAACCUCAAGCAAGUUGAUCCUGUCAUCAAUAAGCGCCUUUCUACUUCAGCCGCGCUCCUUAAUUCUGCCAGCAAAGGUUCAACUAAACGAAGUGCUUCAUUAAACAGAUUGAAUAACAAAGUUCCUCUGAAUUCUGAGCAGCCAGUGUCCAAAGACUUGCAGGUGGAGCAAAAAGGAGACGCAGAAAAGAAGAGGAGUUCCUCCCUGAGUAGAAUGAGCAGUAAACCCCAGUCUUCUCCUGAAUUAGAAAAUGUGCAAAAGGAAGACAAAACAGCUCGCCGUUCCCAGUUCAGCCCACUGGAGAGUAACGUGAUCAGCCGCCUGCUCGCCCCCACCCAGGCCUCCUUAGCUAGGAGCAAAAGUGCUGCCGCUUUAUCGGCUGAUGGCAAAGAUCCCUCAGAAUCUCCCCUCUGUCCUCGUUCAGCUUCCAACAGCUCCCUUGGCUCCCCUGCCUACAUCCCCAAAGUGCCUCUCCGCAGCCGCAGCAUUGACCGCUUGAAGGUGGCCGCCUCGUCCUCAGAGAACCUUUCUCCAGAAUCUGCACAGAAGCCGGAGGCAGCAAAGCCAUCCACUUCUUCCAUUGGGCGGCGUGCCCCUUCGCCCUCCCUGCCUGGCUCCAGACGGUCCCUUUCUCCUGCGAAUGUGGGCAAACGCCCUCCGUCCCCAGCGACAAGACAAAAGCCUCAUCCAAAUUCACCGAAUGUCUUAAGGCAACAGACGUCUUCUGUCCCGGUCCCAAAACCGGUCCCGAUACAGCGCCCGUCGCUCACUCCGAAUGUGCUAAACAUUACCAAAAAGAGAGCAGACCUGGAGCCCAAACCAAAGGAGCGAGUGGUGGACCCCGCGGGGCAAGAACAGAGCCCCUUACCACACGCCUCAGAGAAGGAAAGCCCUGCCACAGCUCCAAAGACCAAAGAAGAUACUAGCAGCAAAACCGCUCCGGGGACCACAACGGCCGAAGAAGCAGCAAGGAUCUUAGCAGAGAAACGCCGGCUGGCGCGGGAGCAACGGGAGCGCGAAGACCAAGAAAGAGUCCAGAGAGAAGAAGAGGAAAGGGUCAGAAAAAAAGAAAUGGCCAAGAAGGCGCUUGAGGAGCAGGCCCAAGAGGAAGAGGCACUCCGAGGACUGGAAGCAGCGAGGCGAGUGGAGGAGGAGGAACAACAAAGGCUGGCCGAGAAGGAAAGAGUUCAGAGGGAACAGGAAGAGCAGGAAAAGCAGGCUGAACUUCAGCUACAGCGGGAAGAAGCUGAAGCAAAGGCCCUGGAAGAGGCUGAAAAGCAGCGUCAAGAACGGGAGCGAAUCAUGCAGCAGAACAUGCAGGAGAGACUGGAGAGGAAAAAGAGAAUUGAAGAAAUCAUGAAGAGAACUCGGAAGGCAGAGCAGAACGAAGCCAAGAAUGAAGAUAAAUCAAACGAGGAAGAUGAGUAUGUUGAAGAAGAGGACGAGCUGGGCCUUGAAAAGCAAGAUCAACCUGAGAAGGCAAAGUAUGACUCCUCUUCUCUCGAAGAUGGUCCAGAGAUAGAGCACAGUUUUGCUUCCUUCCAAGACGAAUCCAAAAUGGAAGCGGAUGAUGUCUUUGUCAAUGGGGACCGGUUGGAGGGAGUCGAUCGGAGGAAUGGAGAUGGGAGUUCCUUGUAUUGCCCUCCAACAAUAGAAGCCAGCCCUCCAGCAAAAGAUGCAAUUAUUGGGAACUCGGGAAUCUUGGAUAUCAACGAAGCCGACCACUCGGUAGGAUUCCUCUCCAACCUGAAUGGGAAACCUUCGGCGUGGAAUUUUGAGGAGAUCAUCGAUCUCGACCUUCACCCCAAGACAACCAGGAUCAGUUCAGAGAGCCUCGCUGCUGAGAUAUCCUCCCAGAACUGUAGGGAUGCUGCGGCAACUGCAGUGCCUGGCAGCCCCAGGCUGGCCUUUGAGGAGGAAAGUGCCACGAAUCCCUUGACCAAACCCAUAGAGGCGGCAUCAGGUAAUAUACACUGACCGGGGAGCUUGCCGCCUUCUGCCUGCCUUCCUUCCUCGGUUCAGUUCAGAAACCAAAUCUCCACUUAGUUUUAACUUGGCAGGCAUUGUUUUUGUAAAGAGCAAGGGAAUGCAGGGAAGGAUGCUCCAAAUCGAGCGGAAAAUAGGGAGUUAGUCCCUUCCAUUCUCUGCUGCAACUCAAGCAAUAUGUGUUGUCCCUGGUUCCCCCCUUGCCUCACGAAUUGACUCUACGGUUAGGAUGUUUGGUUCAGGGGCCUUCCUUCCUUCCUUCCUGGUGGAAUGUCACCCCUCACCCCAACCCUUGGCUAAACUGCCCUCUUCUUCCUCAAUCCGAGAAAGAGAACACUUUGAAACAUAUAUUGUCUGGAAAGCACUGUGUUGUAUCUGGUUUGCUGCACAAAAUGAAACCCGCUUUGUGCGCGCCUCUUCGGUGCUAAGCCCUGAAGUGUCAGUUUCAUCCUAAUGUUUAGCAGGAGGGCCCUAAAACAGGGUUCCCUCUCCCUUUUGAACAGAACUGUGAACACUAGAACCCUGGAAGGCUCCUGACCGGCACUUUGGGACAUUCAGGGUUUCCACAAGUCAUGAAGGCCUUGUUUUUGAGCUACUUGUGGACCUGUUUUUGGUCCAUGUUUCGAGCAAAAAAAAAAAGAAGGAUAAACUCUCUUCCCCAUCAGAGCUUUGCACUUUGAGACCUUUUCAGGAAGACUCUUGCUGUUGCUCUGUGACAUGGAUUCAUUUAACCAGGUUUUAAAAAAAUAACACUUUCUAAUGAAAUGUUCGUUAAAACUUGCCAGUGCCUCUUUGUUUCCUGUUGGGGUGAAAGACAAGACUUCUCCUAGAUGCGAUUCUAAUGCAUAUUACUAGUAUAUUAUUAUCUUAAUCACUACAGGAGGCAGUUUUUACAGAGAAAGCUGGAUCGAAAUAGCGGAGAAUGCCCAGAUAUAGUUGUUUUUCCAGUCACGUUGUCUGUAGCAUAAACUUGAUAGGAUAUUCUCUAACAAACCUUGAAAGGAUUCGCUCUGACAAGUUGGAAAAGGCAGAAAUUACCCACAAGACUUGGAGUUCCAUGGCCCUGUGGUUGAUACCACCAUGACCUCCUUCUGGUGCACCAUGGGCCCUGCAACACAUGUGUCGAUUAGUCUUGUCAGUGUGAAUAUACAAUAGGGACUUCCUAUACAAAUUGUACAGGAGGGCUGUCAAAGGCAAGACCCCCCAACUCAAUUAUUCUCUUAAGUGUUUGGGAGGCUAUAUAUUUAUCUUAAACUCACCUAAGCCAUUUCGACAAAUGGUCUUUAACCAAACUACUUAAUUUUUAAAGAAUGGAUCCAAAUAUGUGCUGAGCAAACAGGGCACCUUGACGUCGAUUGGUUGGCCUCUCUGUACCCAUUCGCUUGUUCAUCUCCUGCACAUUUUGCCCAACCCAUGAAUUAAUGCUGUUUUCAUCCGUUUUGUUUGAACUCCUUCUUUUGAGAGAAACGCAUACACACAUGACAUGUAUUUAAGUUGCUCUUUCACACCUUGUAAGUAUUAUUUGUGUGUGUAUGUGUACAUAAAACCAGUAUUAGACCCUUGAUGUUGUGUGUUUUGUUCCGUUCUGUUUUGUCCUUGUUGGUUGUAUCCUUGGGCGCGCUUUCUCUUGGCCUUCAAGGCCGUUGUUGAGCAACCUGCGUAGCCUUAACUCCCCCUGACUUGAUCUCGCAUGAAGGAAUGGGCUGUGGAAGCGUUGUGUUGGUUCUCAGGCCCCAAACGGUUCGGUGUCCUUUUUCAAAGAGCUGUUUUUUCACUAAGCACUAAGCUGCUGCCCUGUUUUCUACUUCCUAGUGCAAACACUUGCACUGGAGCCAUGUUCCUAUUCCCAAGUCAUUUGGGAAUGACUUGGGAACAGGUCCUUUCCCCUUCUUGUUGCGGUUGUUGUCCUCCACCCUUCCCUUUGUACGCUUUGCUGUUUCCAAAUGUUUUAGGACGUUUAGAGCAGUGCCUUAGGUUUCGACAAAACAGGGGUAUUUUUGUAUGCUAGCUCUUUCUUUCUGCCAGAGACAAUCAUUCAAACAAGCAUGACGCUCCGGAUAUUAGUUUUGUUUUGUUUUGUUUUUCUAUGCAAAACUGAUGCCUGUUCAAUGCUUGGUUACAGCUUAUAUGUAAAUACAUGAUGCACUGUUAAAUAAACUUUGCAACUGAAA